GCGAUGUUGACAUACUGACGAACCAAUCAAAAUGCAGAUAAACGAAAACAGUUAUUUCUGCAAGAUCGGGGUGGAGCGUAGACAAGAGUGAAACGAAAGGCAGCAGAAUGAAGACUUUAGUCGUUUUCGAUUUCGAUCACACGUUGGUGGAUGGCAAUAGUGACACUUGGGUGAUCAAAUGUGCCCCCGACCAGUGUAUCCCAGACUGGCUGAAGAACUCGUACCAAAAAGGACGAUGGACUGAAUAUAUGGGACGUGUGCUCACCUACUUAGGAGAUAAUGCAGUCAGUCGGGACACAGUACGAAGUGUCAUGGAAACACUGCCCUUCACAGACGGAAUGAUUGACCUACUGAAGUUCAUCGCGAGUAACAAAAACUGCAUAGACUGCAUAAUAAUUUCUGAUUCCAACACCCUGUUCAUCGACUGGAUUUUACAAGCCGCCGGCGUACAAGCGGCUGUUGAUCGCGUGUUCACUAAUCCUGCCAGGUUUGACGAACGGGGUUACAUGAUAGUGGAGUGUUACCAUUCCCACGAAUGCCGGCAAUGCCCAGUCAACCUGUGCAAGAAUGAAGUGCUGGACGAAUUCCUAAAAAGUCAGUCGCAGCACGGCGUUGAGUACCAUUUGAUCUGCUAUAUUGGCGAUGGUGGAAAUGACCUUUGUCCCGUAAAGAGCUUAAAGCCGAGCGAUUUGGUGCUGCCACGCAAAGGGUAUGCUUUGGAGAGGCUGCUGACGAAGUCCGAAUCGGAGUUACUGAAGCCUCGAAUAGUGGUGUGGUCCGACGGCUUUGAAAUUAUGAAUGAAAUAACUGCACUAAUUGAGUAAUGUAUUCUAAAUGUAGACUGGGUGUGACUAAAUGAACCAGCAUUUUAAUACACUUGUUGCACAUGGCUAGUAAAAUAUCUAGAAUCUUGACUUUUUGAACUAUGAGGUUUGUUGGAUUCAAGCACUAUACUUGACGGGGCACAAAUACUUAGUAAUAACUCAGUUACUGCUGAAGUACAAAUUAUGAACAAAUGCAGUCGUUACUUGAAAUAAAAGAUGCCUAAAGAUUCAGAUGAGCAAACAUGAUCAGUAUUUCACUUGUGUUAUUCAUUACUGGUUCCUCCAGUAGUUCCUUCGGUACUUCACAAAGGUUUACAGAAUUAACAGAUAUAGUAACAAACAUAUAUACUACUUGGGAUGAAACAUGCAUCAUGAAUCAUUAAUGAUGAGCAAAUAUGAAUCAGUAUUUCACUUGUGUUAUACAAGACCUGUUCCAUUCAGUAGUUCUUUCAGUAGUUCUCAAAGGUUUACAGAAUUAACAUAUAGUAACAAAUAUAGUAACUGCUUGAGAUAAAACAUGUGUAACGAUUCAUUAAUGAUGAAUUAAUAUAAGAUCACUAUGGAAGUAUAAGUUUGUGAUUAAUUGAUACAUAAGUAAUAGCAUAAUACUAUAUUAUUUGUACCCCGUCAAGUAAAGUGUUACCAAUAGUUUUGUGAAGGAAACUGCAUAAAUUCAUGAAGAACUGUCAAUUGUAUAAUCAGAAUAUAAUGGACAGUACAAUUUAUCCAUGCCAUCUAUCCGUGAGACUGCCUAUUGUUAUUGUAUUCAAUUCAAAAGGAAUGUCCAUAUAUGUGAUAUAUUGUAUUCUGCAUUUUUGUAUGUUGAAACAAGUGUGUAAAUUGUGCAGAUAUUUUAAUAACCUGAUCACCAAAUCCCGUUUACAAUACUUCUAAGAAGGCAUUAAGGCUACAGAACAAGCCCAUGUAUAUACCAUAAUCUUAAAGUGAAAGAAAUGUGUUGUUAUGUCUGUCUUUUGGAAAAAGGAGAAUUAUUUGCAGGGUAUAUGGAAUCCAGUACUUCAUCAUACAAGGUGCUUUUGUGGCUCAAAAUAGUGAUGGAAAAGUGAAGCAAUGAAUCCCAGGAGUCACGUGUACAGACUCUAAAAGUAUACACGCUAAGUCAUGACUUACAGUACGGUCUUAGUUAUAAGUAACUCACUGAAAUAGUUGUCGCCAAUAAAAGUGGAUCAGGUCGUAUAAUGGCCAUUGCCAGAGUAAAUUAACAAAUUAAUUUUUAUAUCCACAACACCUAUAGUUAAUAAAAUAUAUCAUUUUA